AUGAAACUCAUCGUCACAGGCUCUACAGGAUACGUGGGAAGGGAAGUGAUACGGCAGAGUCUAUGCAAAAGUGAAAUCACCUCCGUGGUGGCCCUGUCCCGCCAACCUGUCCCCGUUCCCGACGGUCUCCCAGAAGGUGCAGACACGUCGAAGCUAAGGAGCGUGAUAAUAGAAGAUUAUGGCCGCUACUCGGAUGAAGUAAAAAGAGAAUUCGCAGGCGCUGAUGCCUUUGCCAUCACACCAAGUAAAUCCAAAAUGUACGACCCCGAGGAAGUCAAGCGUAUCUGUCAAACUAGUACUCUUGCAGGGUUGAGUGCCAUGCACGAGUCUGGCCUCUCUAACCCCUUUCGCUUCAUCUACAUGAGUGGGGCGGGAGUUGGAUGGGAUGAAUCAAAGGUACCGCGGUACAUGCUCGAGUAUCUCCGGAUGCGGGGCGAGACUGAAAAGAAGGUCAAGGAAUUGGCGACAGAGCUCGGAGGGAUAGAAGUAACCGCGCCCAGACCAGGUCUAAUCACGACACCGGGUGAGAUCUGGAGAUGCAUCGCGGCCUUCAUAACCAAAUGGCUGUUCGGCGUCAUCCCUAUCAGCAUUGAGGAUCUCACCAGGGUUAUGCUAGAUCAAGCCAUCAAUGGCAUCGAGAAGGACGCGCUGAUGCCUGAAGAUUUAGCCAGGAUUGCAGAAGGCAUACCUAAGUCGUAG